AUGGAGCGCUGCGUUAUCUCCUCUACGUUCUCGCCUGCGCUGUGUCACCGCCAUGGUUUCUCGAAGCUCGUCUGCAGUUUCCUUCCCGAACCGAGCGGCCAGGCUUAUCCGGCUGAGGCGAGCUUGUCGGGUGUCCUAUUAUGGAACGCAGAAGGGCACAAUCCUGCCAAAAGUGUCCAUGGCCGUCGGCUGCCGGUGCUUCGCGCUCUUCCCGCUUCCGGUGGUUCUUCGGCAUUGGAGGGGGAGGGGGAUUACUCCGGUGCUGCGGCAGCUGACGCUAAAGGUUCGGGGACGACGGCUAGACGGAGGAGGCUCCUCAGAGUGAGAGAAGAGAAGAGGAAGAGGGAAUACGACCGCAUCAACAACUAUCCAACCUGGGCCAAGUAUGCGCAUCUCUUCUCUCUCUCUCUCUCUCACCUAGUCAUUCAUUCGCAAGGAGAGUUUUUUUCCCUUAAGCUUCGUGUCUGUCUUCUGCCCUUCAGCAACACUUACGUCUUGCCUGCAAUGGGAUGAUGCUCGCAUCAUUUUUUUCAAGAAACCUAAUAGUGAGCUCGACUAUGAUGCUCAUCGCAACAUUAGCGCCUGUGUGCACGCAACAAAUCCAGGAAAGCAUGUCUGGGAGAUUUACAUUGCAUUCCGAGCACUUUCACGGUCCGUAUCAGAUUCUAAAAGAUGAAGGCAGUUCUUAAUGAUGAUGAGAUAUGAUUAAAGACUAAACAGGCCGAACUUUAGAGUUAUAUACCCUUUUUCAUCACUGUUUAAUAAAUCUGCAACGUAUGCUGUGCUUGAUCCGUGAAACAAAACUUUCAUCUAUACCUUUCUAUUCUCUAAUGUCUUUCCAUGUCUUGUUCACCAUAUCUAUAUCUACUAGAAAUAUGCUUUUAUCAGAUUUUAUAAGAGCACGCAAUAUUUUUUUCAUCUGAUAUUAGUGAAAGAGAGGCUCCAUUUAUUCCUUCAUAUAUGAUCACCUACAUUGGGAAGUUCUUAAAAUUCAGUGUAUCAGCCAAUGCAGUCGUUUAUUCAGCGUAAAGAAAAUGUCUUAUUUUGUUAAAGGAUACUGGAAAAUGCCUGCAAAGAUGAUGCGGAACUCCGUGGAGUACUUGGUGAUAGCAUUGGCAACCCGGAGCUGAUGAGAAAAAGGGUAUGCAAAAAAAAGGAAAGAAUUCUAGUAGUGAAGGCCAUGAAAGUGAUGCUCUUCUCCUUGCAAUUGACAGGUGGAGGAAAGGGUUAGAACGAGGGGAAGAGACUUUCGCAAGUCAAAAACUGGCUCAGUGCUUGCUUUCAAAGUCAGUUUCAGAGAGUAAGAGACAUUCAACUUGCAUUUCUUCACCUUUAUGUCAUCGAGUAUUUCAGCUUGCAUAUCUUUUCCUUAUUGUACAUUUCGCAGCUAGUUUCUCGUCAAUUUCCUUUGAUAAAUCUUGUCCCAGUGACUCAAAAAGAGUAGAUUGAUAGUAAACGCAGAUUAGAUCUUCAAAUAUUUCAUGCUAAGUUGUUCAUUUUUCCUUAUAUCUUACCAUCUUUCUCGUUCAUUUUUCCAGUUAAAAAUAUGGUGUGGCCGAGGAUUAUAACCAAUCAGAAUGUGUGGUUCGGAAUGUUUUUGCAAAGAAAUCACUUACUAAUUUUAUUCGUGAUCAGCCUGGUGGUACAUAAUUAUAUCAUUUCCUAACGCUCGACUACCUAAUGAGCAAGCUCGUUAUGCCAUUGUUUCUUGAUGAAAAUUUUAUAUGUUUCGAUUACGAUAUCAUCUCGAACAGCUUCAUAUCUCCUUAUGAAAAACAAAAGCUGAUCAGAUUCUGAUCGGAUUAUUUUUAAUGUGAUAUGAAUUGAAUUUUACCGCUGUUCAACUUUGGUUAAAAUAAAUGUUCAGAUCCUUUGUUCUCAGCCUAUAGUUACCGGUGUGGUGGCAUUUGACUUGCUUGAUUUUUUCUUUUUUUUUUCAGCUUUAAUCCCUUAGACUCAUUUAUAUGGUUCGAACUUUAUGGUGCGCCAGCAGACAGGGACGUUGACCUCAUUGGUAGUGUAAGUAAAAGUUACCCUUUUGAUAUUUAGUUUAUAUGGUUUCAGAAAUCAUAAUAGUGUUUUCAUGCAGGUUAUUCAGUCAUGGUAUGUCAUGGGGCGUUUGGGUGCAUUUAACUCUUCCAAUCUUCAGGUUAAUCUUCAAAAUAUGAAUUCUUUUCCGUUUUCUCCUCACUACUGAAUGAUUUUCGAUUUAUAUAUUAUGCUGUUUUUUCUUCUAAUAUCUUUGUAUAAAGCGGAACGAAAAGGGGAAAUUAUUAGAAACGAAAAAGAAAUUUUAAUGGUGACAUCGAAAUAGGUAAAAAUACAAGGUGUCUAUUUCAUUAUAAGGUUGCCUGAUCUGAACACAAGUCAACGAGAAGAGGGAUUACGCGAUUUGUCUGUCACAGAAGGAUUACUAAUCUGGUUAAAUGAGUGUGAUCCCACUGGUUCCACUGCAUUGUGAUUCAAUAUGUUAAUUAUACGCGAUCUUUCUUGGGAUCACCAAGAUCAUCUGGCUGGAGGACUAAGUGAGGACCAGAAAUAUAUAAUUGGUUGUUUACCUCGUGCUUGUGUGUGCAAAUAAUAUGGGCAGAUAUGAAGAACAUUUUUCCGGAACACAUGGGUCUGAAACUGAAAGCAAAGCCCAGGGGGGAGUGUGUACUUUGGUAUUUCUAAUCAAUAUAUGAGCUGUGAUGUGCUAAUUUUUACUCUGAUUUGCUUCAUUAAAGCAUUAUUAUGGCUAUUUCUCUCAGAAAUUUUGUUUGCCCAUGUUUCGGAUAUCUUCUUAUAUCACUAAAGAGCCGAUCUUGUGCCAAUUUUCAGCUGGCGAAUUCAUCGAUGGAUUAUAAUCCUCUUUAUGAUGCAGAGAAAGCUGGCACAGUGAUGCCUUCAUCGUUCCAUGACAUUGGUGACGUUGAGUUCCAGGACAACUGGGGCCGUUUCUGGUAGGAUCAUCCGUUGUUUUAUUCAACAAUGUUCUGAGAACUGAUGGGAAAAUAUUUCAUUGACCCAUGUACUUGAUGCUCUUUGGUAGGGUGGAUCUUGGAACAUCCGACUUGUUUGCUGUCGACGUGCUGCUCAAUUGCUUGACUGUGUUGAGUUCAGAGUAAGCCACUGUCUCAUGGUUGGAUUAAUCUAUCAUACUGGGAAGAUUCUAUUUCCUGAAAAUAAAUAAAAAUAGUAAAGCUUUCAUAACGGUCUCUGUAGCGUUGACUUCACAUCCCAAUGGGAUUUCCCUUAGCAAGACUUGGUUGAAAAACAGGGGUUAUCAUUGGAUUAAUUAAAGUUAAUUAUCAGGCAAGACGAAUCGUGUUUGCAGGAGAAACUUUGCUAGGGAGAUGCUCCAUUCAGUUUAAAUGCAUUAUUAAUGACAUAAAUGUGGAAUAUUAUGAACGAGAGUCCCUCCCUCCCUGCCCAUCAGUUUAUAUGUAGCCCUCUGUACUAGACAGUGUAGGGACUGGAGCUGAUUAUCUUGCGACCCUCGUUGUGUUGCAGAUACUUGGGAAUCCAGCAGGUUGUAUUUGGUGGCCGGCGCAUGGGAGACUGGGAGGAAGGGUUGACCAAUCCCGAGGAUGGGUACAAGUCCUUCAAGAUCUGA